UCUUUGCAAUCCAGAACCAUAGGCACCUCCACCUCAGCUGGUGUUUUCUGUAGGCGCAAAGGAAACCAACCUGAUCUGUUCCAGCAGAAAAGGGAGGUAGGACCCGCUCAGCCCGCCCAGUGCAGAGGGCACUACAAAUGCCUCGGUGUGAGCAGCCAGCACAGAGCUCUGCGCUCCAGAGGGCAUUUCCGCAGGGAGCAAUGGCAGCUCCGUGUCUUCUGCUCCUUGCUUCCCUGCUCAUCUUGGCUUCACCGGGCCAUUCUGUGCACACGCAAAGCCUAAACACCUUCACGAAAUCUUCCUCCAACACUUCAUCGAGUGUUCUGAAGAGAACCACUUGGCCCAGGGACUGCAGCGAGGUUCCAGCUGGCAGCCCCAGUGGUGUCUACAUCAUCCAGCCCACGGGCCUGCACCCCAUCAUGGUGUACUGCGAGAUGAGCGGGGCAGACGGGGGCUGGACCGUCAUCCAGAGGAACCGGCGGGACACGGAUAUCACCUGGGCCGAGUCCUGGAGCACCUACAAGCACGGCUUUGGGAACGUGCACACCGAGUUCUGGCUGGGCACCGAGUACAUCCACCAGAUCACCCGGCAGAAGAUCUACCAGGUCAGGUUUGUCAUCUGGGAUGCUGCAAACAACAUGAGGUUCGCAGACUACAACCUGUUCAGCCUGGAUGAUGAGUCCCAGGGCUACCGGCUCAGGCUGGGAGUGCACUCGGGGACAGCAGAGGAUGCCAUGGAUUCAGACAAUCCCAGGAAAGUGCACAACAAUAUGAAGUUCUCCACAAAGGAUCGGGAUCAGGACACGUACAGAGGGAACUGUGCCUCACGCUAUGGGGGUGGGUGGUGGUACUCAGCAUGUUACUCUGUGCAGCUCAACGUCAAGGGGGGCCUGACGUGGGGCAAGCUGUGCAAGGGGAACUGCAGAGCCUCGGCCAUCCUCAUCAAACCAACUCCACACCCCUAGAACUCCUGCCCCCUUCUGUCCACAUGCAGCACAUGGCCAGGCCAGUGCCCUGCUGGGGCCCAUUCCAUGAUGAGGCCUUGGGGGUGAAUAGGGUUGUUCCUCUGUAUCAAGAACUGCUUUGUUUUCCUCCUGUCCUGAAAAGUAGCAAAGCUCCUUGCUCUGUCUCUGGCCAUUCACCUGUGGUGGGUUUUGGGGAGAAUAGUAUUAGAGCUCAUCUUUAUAAACGCUGCAGUAUCCAAGCAUGUUCCUUCUGGGGAGAACUCUGUGCUCUUAAACCUAAAACCCUCCUGAUCAGCAUGGUCUUAUGCUCUUUUUGAUUUGUGGGUACAGAUGUUUUCAGCAGAAAAAUAUCCACCAUCACCAGCUAACCUGACCUAAGCAAUACUGACCCCAGGGCAGGCCAUGUCCACAACACAUCACUGCUGGAGUCCCUGUUCAUCCUGCACAAUAAAAUCACUUUCAGACCUGCACA